AUUAAUGCAUGAGAAAGUUUAAAGUUGUCGUAUAACCAACAUUGGACGUCAGAUUGCUGACGAUGCAUGUAAACUGAAUUUUUUGCGCAACCUAGAAAAUACUUGUCUGUGUUAAUAUAGGAAUCUGUAACAAAAUUGUGUUGGCAAUCUUGAUGGGUGGCUGCUAUUGCCUGCAAUUGUUUUCACAUGUUUACAUUGUGUAAUGUGUUUGUAAAUAAAAGUAUAAUGUGACAGAGUAUGUUGUCUGCAACUUUUCCCUCUUCCGUCUAAUUCGUUGCUGAUGACUUCUGUGUUGCUUAAGUAAAACCAUUAUGCCAACAAGAGAAGAACUGCCAAGAUCAGAGCCUUUUCGUAGCUGGACUGAUGAUUUACCAGUGUGCCGACUUUCAGGUGUUGGAUUUUCAACAAACCAGAUAUACAGAGAAGAUGGCUACCGUCAAGAAGAACAUCCAUUUGAAGACCGUAGUUUCCGCUGGCGUGUGGAUGAUUCGACCUCAUUAUAUGGAGUAUUUGACGGACAUGAAGGCGUGCAGGCUGCAACAUUCGCUCUUCAGAGAAUGGCUGCUGAAAUAUUAUUUGGAGAGUUACCAGGAAAAACCACAGAUGAAGAAGUGAAAGAGUUUCUGAGGCAAGCAUUUUUUGCAGUUGAAAAGGGUUACUUCGACUCCAUAGAUGAACGUUUAGCUGUCCGAACAAGUUUACAGUAUGAAAUUCCAGAAGGAAUGUCAUCUUAUGAGGCCUACCAGAAAUUUCCACAUGUGGUAGACAAGUUAAAUGCCCUCAACUGUGAAAUAUCAUCUGGGACAACAGCACUUAUUGCACUUGUGCACGCUGGCAAACUUUAUGUGGCGAAUGUAGGAGAUAGCCGUGCUCUGUUAUGCCGAACAGAUGGCAAUGGUGUGCUGCGUGUUGUACAACUGAGUGCUGAUCACGAUUUGCGGAAUGAAGAUGAAUUGUUGCGACUUAAAAGGCUGGGACUUGAUGUUGACCGGAUAAGACAAGGAUCCCGUUUGGGUAACCAAGAAAAUACACGAUGCCUGGGUAAUUAUCUAGUGAAAGGUGGCUACAAGGAAUUCGAAGAGUUGGCCUGUGCAGUGGCAGAACCAGUCAUAGCUGUGCCAGAAAUCCAUGGAGGAAUAGUUCUGGAUGAAUCAUGCAGAUUUCUUCUGUUGAUGUCAGAUGGCUUAUAUAAAUCCCUUGAAGAAGCAACAGGAACGGAUCAAGUUAAUAAAGAAAUUGCUCAAAUGGCUGUUGAACAGUUUCGUAUUCAGUCAACACUGACUGGUGUAGCACAGGCAGUUGUGGACAAGAUUGUCAGAAUUCACCAUGAUGUUUAUAUGAGUGGCUCUACAGCUUCAAAUGGACAGUCAAGAGUUGGUGGCAAGAGAGAUGAUAUCACACUACUUGUCAGAAACUUUAAUUUUCCUCUUCCAAAUGCAUUAAGUUCACCAACAAAUGCUGUUGUUCGUUUCAAUCCAGUUGUUACUACAGUACCGAUGCCCUCAUUUGGCGUGUGUGAGGAAACAACAACAAAUGAAAAUUCACUAACUGAUGCAACAGAGACAACAGAUGACCAGCAGAAUGAUACCUCCACCACUGAAUCAUCUGAUGUAUUUCCUCCAACUCGAAAUCCGCCAGACAGGAGACGUCGUAUAAAGCCAUAUGUUGACUUCUCUGAUUUUUAUAAAAAUGUUGAAAAAGCACGUCAGGAAGGUGCUCUACCACCAGACAUAGAGCUAUAAUUUCUUAUUGUCAUCCUACAAGUCACAUACACAUUAUAAAAUAUUUUUGUAGAACAUUUACCUGAAUGUAUAUUAUGUGUAUUAAAUGGAUAUGUUCACUUUAUAGUGUUCAAGCAUAGCACCAAAUACCCUCAUAUAAUAGAUAACAGAUAACAUUAUAAAUAUUGUGUACUUGGUGCUCCACAGCUUAUGAGUAUUUGUUGAAAGACAUCAUGCUGUACACAGUGAGCUGGAUGUAAAAAUAAUUAGUUGUCAGACAGUUUACUGGACAUGUAGCCCAUUACCAGUGGCAUAUUAGGUAUGUUCAUGUCAAAUAACAUACUUAUCAAGUAUGAAAUCCUUGUGAUGUUAAAAUUGAUGUGGAUCUUUGUGGUACAAAAGUUGUUGUGCAUAUGUAUUAUAGCUGUCAAAUGACAAAUGGCAACACUUCUUGGUCUUAGUGGACACUACUGUCUAGUGAUGAAAACAUGGAACUGGUGAUGAGGCAUGACCAAGAGGUGUGGCCUAUUAGUGUUUUACAAAAAUAACAUGUACACCUGACAGCCUGUGUCCCACAGAUAUCCACAUAAUUUUUAACAUCAUAAAGAUGUCAUACUUGAUGCACAUGUCAGUUGAUAUAGAUGUACACAAUAUAUGCAACUGUUGGGCUAUGUACCCGAUAAUGGUCUGGAAACUAAAUAUUUUUUGAUGCAGCUCAUGGUUGUGAGGAAGAUGUGUUUUAAAAAAAUGUAUAUGCAGUCCUAAAAUAAUCAACCAUCACUUGUCUUGAAGCUG